AUGAAGAGCAUGCAGGGUCUUUUGCACAAGACCAGUCUUCAAACUGCCCGUGAACAGCAGCAACGCUCCUUUGCUCCACAACCUGUCGCUGGCCAAAAAAGACCGUGGUCCAGUAACGAUGGCUUUAUUACGUCGCAUCAACUUGCUACUAGUACUGCCAAUAAUUCCCCGUCGCAUUCCAUUGUUCAUUUCCAGAAAGCCAUUUCUCUUCCGUCAGCUCCCAAACGACUAUCCGCGAGUAAGAUAACGCAAGCCGCGGGUCAUCAUACAACGAGCGAGUACUCACAGCGAAGGCUUAUUUCCGCAACACCACUUUCCUCUCAAGACCCCGAGCUAGACCUUGCCCAUCAGACAUAUGGCCUCCAGCGUCAAAUUGUAUCUAACCUUUCUUCAUUGGGUAUAAAACACAUCUAUCCCUGGCAAAAGAAUUGCUUAAAAGGCCCAGGCCUACUAACUGGGGAGAGAAACCUGGUGUAUUGUGCACCAACCGGAGGUGGUAAAUCCUUAGUGGCAGACUUGCUUAUGCUGAAACGAGUAAUUGAAGAAGCUGGUACUAAAGCGCUUCUUGUUCUUCCAUACGUUGCACUUGUACAAGAAAAAGUAGGCUGGCUGCGCAAGGUGGUUCAACAUGUCAAGAUUCUCGAUCGAUCGAUGUCCCAAGGUGCCGAAAAUGGGCCCUGGCGUCGGCGAGCAGAUUACGGUACCAUUCGAGUAGUUGGCUUUUUUGGAGGUGGAAAAGUACGAGCAACCUGGGACGAUUUUGACAUUGGUGUCUGCACAUUGGAAAAGGCAAAUGCCCUGAUCAACACCGCUAUCGCUGAUGGCUCAAUAUCGAAGCUUCGGUCUGUAGUCUUGGACGAACUUCACAUAAUUGAUGACGACCAUCGGGGGUAUAUCCUCGAACUGAUUGCUGCCAAGCUGCUCUGUCUCGGGCAGCAAGUUCAACUUAUUGGAAUGAGCGCAACACUUCCGAACUUAAAUUUGCUCGCCUCGUGGCUUCACGGGCACACUUAUGAGACACGGUAUAGGCCGGUACCAAUAGAGGAACAUUUGGUGUACGACGGCAAGGUCUUUCUAGCAGGUCCCAAUGACGGACUAGGGCAUACUCCCUCACAACUGGGCAGCCAGGAUGUGUCGGCAGGGAAAACAGCACCUGUCCGGCGAAUAGAGAACUCUGUGCACAAAGAAUUCACAGACUCGGUGCUAAAUGCAGUAGUGUCUCUCGCUCAUGAAACUGCCUGCAUGGGUUAUGGAGUGCUGGUUUUUGCUGGUAGCCGCGGAGUGUGCGAGUCUGAUGCUCGCUGGAUCAGCCGGGUCAUGCCCCAGUUGCACGAGCUUGCAGCAGACGUCCUCAAAAAGCGGCUGGAUCUUUUGGGGGAUCUGCGUAGUUUGAGUACAGGAGCAGACCCAGUUCUUGAAGAAACCGUUCUUUAUGGGGUAGCCUUUCAUCAUGCCGGUUUAACUAGCGAGGAGAGAGAUCUCAUUGCCGCUGCUUAUGAUGCUGGGACCAUUCUGGUAUGCAUAGCAACUUGCAGCCUGGCUGCUGGUAUUAAUCUGGUAAUUUUGCACAAUGUCAAAAUGGGCAGGGAGUACAUCGGUCCCGCCAUGUUGAGACAGAUGCGAGGUAGAGCUGGCAGACAAGGGAAAACGCAGCUCGGAGAAACGUAUCUGUGUUGUCGGCAACCAGACUUGGAGCACGUCCUAGAGCUCAUGCAUGCAGAUAUACCAAAAGUUUCAAGCUGUCUUAGUACCGAGAAUCGGCGUAUUCAGCGGGCAUUAUUGGAGGUGAUUUCCAUUCGUCUGGCUACCAGCCGCGAAUCUAUAUCUGACUACUUUUCCAAUUCCCUGCUGCAAUGGUCGCAGUCACCAGACUUUGUCCACAAAGGCAUAGAACUAAGUCUCGAAGAGCUUCAAAGUAUGGGCCUCAUCAUGCCCGAUUCCUCCACAGGCUACGCGCCCACACAACUAGGAAAGGCUAUCGUUGCAUCAGCUAUUGACCCAGACGACGGUGUCUUUGUUCACAAAGAGCUUGUCAAAGCGCUACGAGCAUUUGUCAUGGACGGUGAGAUGCACAUACUCUAUGUGUUCACUCCGGUUCAAGACUUUGGCACAACUGUCAAUUGGCAAGUAUUCCGUAAUGAAAUGGAGUAUCUGGAUGAAAGCAGCAUGCGAGUACUUCAAUUCCUCGGAAUCAAGCCCACUUCUGUUCUCCGUCUUGCUCAAGGCGCCAUCCUGAAGGAGACGACGACUGAAGAAAAGCAAAUGGCCCGUGUCUACCGCCGUUUCUACCUGGCCAUGCAACUACGUGAUCUCUGCAAUGAAGUUCCUAUUCAUGCUGUGGCUCGCAAAUACGACAUGCCCAGGGGUUCAGUGCAAACACUAUCACAGACAUGUCAGGGAUUCGCAGCAGGCAUGGUCAAGUUCUGCGAACACAUGGGCUGGGGCCCAAUGGCUGCAGCGCUAGACCACUUCUCAGACCGUUUAAUGGCAGGCGCAAGAUCCGAGCUCCUAGCACUCUCCAAGGUGCCCUUUAUCAAGAGUCGCACGGCGAGAGUUUUCUUUGAAAAUGGAUAUCGGAGUGUGGCAGCUCUAGCCAACGCCAAUCCGAAAGACUUGGUCCCCAUACUUAUGCAGCCAACACGACUAGGCACAACCGAAUAA